AUGAAUCAACAAGCUGGUGCUAGUAUUAGAAGAAAAUUAGUUAUUGUGGGUGAUGGUGCCUGUGGUAAGACCUGUUUACUAAUUGUGUUUUCCAAGGGUCAAUUUCCAGAAGUUUACGUACCCACUGUCUUCGAGAACUACGUGGCUGACGUCGAGGUGGAUGGUCGUCGUGUGGAAUUAGCUCUUUGGGAUACUGCUGGUCAAGAAGAUUAUGAUAGAUUAAGACCCUUAUCCUAUCCUGAUUCCAAUGUUGUCUUGAUUUGUUUCUCCAUCGAUCUUCCUGAUUCAUUAGAGAAUGUGCAGGAGAAAUGGAUUGCUGAAGUGUUACAUUUCUGUCAGGGGGUCCCCAUUAUCCUUGUUGGUUGUAAAGUUGAUUUGAGAAACGAUCCGCAAACAAUCGAAGCCUUGAGGGAAGAAGGUCAACAACCUGUUAGUUCUGCAGAUGGACAAUCUGUCGCUGAUCAAAUCGGUGCCACUGGUUACUAUGAGUGUUCAGCCAAGACUGGGUUCGGUGUGAGAGAAGUGUUCGAAGGUGCUACCAGAGCUUCUUUGAUGGGUAAAUCCAAGACCAACGGUAAGACUAAGAAGAAUAAAAAUAAGAGUGAAAAGAAGAAGAGAAAGUGUGUACUAUUAUGA